GCUGCUCAGGAGCCCGAGCGGUGGCGGAGCUGCGAGCAGUGAGCAGCGCCUGCGGGAGCGGCCGGUCGGUCGGGUCCCCGCGCCCCGCACGCCCGCACGCCCAGCGGGGCCCGCAUUGAGCAUGGGCGCGGCAGUCUUGCGCUGGCACUUGUGCGUGCUCCUGGCCCUGGGCACGCGCGGGCGGCUGGCGGGGGGCAGCGGGCUCCCAGGAUCAGUCGACGUGGAUGAGUGCUCAGAGGGCACGGAUGACUGCCACAUCGAUGCCAUCUGUCAGAACACGCCCAAGUCCUACAAAUGCCUCUGCAAGCCAGGCUACAAGGGGGAAGGCAGGCAGUGUGAAGACAUUGACGAGUGUGAGAAUGACUACUACAACGGGGGCUGUGUCCACGAGUGCAUCAACAUCCCAGGGAACUACAGGUGCACCUGCUUUGAUGGCUUCAUGCUGGCACAUGAUGGACACAACUGCCUGGAUGUGGACGAGUGUCAGGACAAUAAUGGUGGCUGCCAGCAGAUCUGUGUCAACGCCAUGGGCAGCUACGAGUGUCAGUGCCACAGUGGCUUCUUCCUUAGUGACAACCAGCACACCUGCAUCCACCGCUCCAAUGAGGGUAUGAACUGCAUGAACAAAGACCACGGCUGUGCCCACAUCUGCCGGGAGACGCCCAAAGGUGGGGUGGCCUGCGACUGCAGGCCCGGCUUUGACCUUGCCCAAAACCAGAAGGACUGCACACUAACCUGUAACUAUGGAAACGGAGGCUGCCAGCACAGCUGUGAGGACACAGACACAGGCCCCAUGUGCGGUUGCCACCAGAAGUACGCCCUCCACUCAGACGGUCGCACGUGCAUCGAGAAGGAUGAGGCUGCAAUUGAGCGCUCUCAGUUCAAUGCCACGUCAGUAGCUGAUGUGGACAAGCGGGUGAAACGGCGGCUACUCAUGGAGACGUGUGCAGUCAAUAACGGAGGCUGCGACCGGACGUGCAAGGACACAGCCACUGGCGUGCGAUGCAGCUGCCCCGUUGGAUUCACGCUGCAGCCGGACGGGAAGACGUGCAAAGACAUCAACGAGUGCCUGGUCAACAACGGAGGCUGCGACCACUUCUGCCGCAACACCGUGGGCAGCUUCGAGUGCGGCUGCCGGAAGGGCUACAAGCUGCUCACCGAUGAGCGCACCUGCCAGGACAUCGACGAGUGCUCCUUCGAGCGGACCUGUGACCACAUCUGCAUCAACUCCCCGGGCAGCUUCCAGUGCCUGUGUCACCGCGGCUACAUCCUCUAUGGGACAACUCACUGCGGAGAUGUGGAUGAGUGCAGCAUGAACAACGGGAGCUGUGACCAGGGCUGCGUCAACACGAAGGGCAGCUACGAGUGUGUCUGUCCUCCAGGGAGGCGGCUCCACUGGAACCGGAAGGACUGCAUGGAGACGGGCAAGUGUCUUUCUCGCGCCAAGACCUCCCCCCGGGCCCAGCUGUCCUGCAGCAAGGCGGCCGGUGUGGAGAGCUGCUUCCUUUCCUGCCCAGCCCACACGCUCUUCGUGCCAGACUCGGAAAAUAGCUACGUCCUGAGCUGCGGAGUUCCAGGGCCGCAGGGCAAGGCGCUGCAGAAACGCAACGGCACCAGCUCUGGCCUCGGACCCAGCUGCUCAGAUGCCCCUGCCACCCCCAUCAAACAGAAGGCCCGCUUCAAGAUCCGAGAUGCCAAGUGCCAUCUCCGGCCCCACAGCCAGGCGCGAGCAAAGGAGACCGCCAGGCAGCCGCUGCUGGACCACUGCCAUGUGACUUUCGUGACCCUCAAGUGUGACUCCUCCAAGAAGAGGCGCCGUGGCCGCAAGUCCCCAUCCAAGGAGGUGUCCCACAUCACAGCAGAGUUUGAGAUCGAGACAAAGACGGAAGAGGCCUCAGACACUUGCGAAGCGGACUGCUUGCGGAAGCGAGCGGAGCAGAGCCUGCAGGCUGCCAUCAAGACCCUGCGCAAGUCCAUUGGCCGGCAGCAGUUCUAUGUCCAGGUCUCAGGCACUGAGUACGAGGUAGCCCAGAGGCCAGCCAAGGCCCUGGAGGGGCAGGGGGCAUGUGGCGCCGGCCAGGUGCUACAGAACAGCAAAUGCGUUGCCUGUGGGCCUGGCACCCACUUCGGCGGUGAGCUCGGCCAGUGUGUGCCAUGUAUGCCAGGGACAUACCAGGACACAGAAGGCCAGCUCAGUUGCACACCGUGCCCCAGCAGUGACGGGGUUGGUCUGGCUGGUGCCCGCAACGUGUCGGAAUGUGGAGGCCAGUGUUCUCCAGGCUUCUUCUCGGCUGAUGGCUUCAAGCCCUGCCAGGCCUGCCUCGUGGGCACGUACCAGCCUGAGCCCGGGCGCACCAGCUGCUUCCCCUGCGGAGGGGGUUUGCUCACCAAACAUGAAGGCACCACCUCCUUCCAGGACUGCGAGGCUAAAGUGCACUGCUCCCCCGGCCACCACUACAACACCACCACCCACCGCUGCAUCCGCUGCCCCAUCGGCACCUACCAGCCUGAGUUUGGCCAGAACCACUGCAUCACCUGUCCGGGCAACACCAGCACAGACUUCGAUGGCUCUACCAACGUCACACACUGCAAAAACCAGCACUGCGGCGGCGAGCUUGGUGACUACACCGGGUACAUCGAGUCCCCCAACUAUCCUGGCGACUACCCAGCCAAUGCCGAAUGCGUCUGGCACAUCGCGCCUCCCCCAAAGCGCAGGAUCCUCAUCGUGGUCCCGGAGAUCUUCCUGCCCAUCGAGGAUGAGUGCGGCGACGUUCUAGUCAUGAGGAAGAGCGCCUCGCCCACGUCCAUCACCACCUAUGAGACCUGCCAGACCUACGAGAGGCCCAUUGCCUUCACCUCCCGCUCCCGGAAGCUCUGGAUCCAGUUCAAAUCCAAUGAAGGCAACAGCGGCAAAGGCUUCCAAGUGCCCUAUGUCACCUAUGAUGAGGACUACCAGCAACUCAUAGAGGACAUCGUGCGCGAUGGGCGCCUGUACGCCUCGGAGAACCACCAGGAGAUUUUGAAAGACAAGAAGCUGAUCAAGGCCCUCUUCGACGUGCUGGCCCAUCCCCAGAACUACUUCAAGUACACAGCCCAGGAGUCCAAGGAGAUGUUCCCACGGUCCUUCAUCAAACUGCUGCGCUCCAAAGUAUCUCGGUUCCUGCGGCCCUACAAAUAACUAGGGGGAGCGGCCCUGCCUGGGGGUGGCCUGGUCCACGGAGGGCGCACCUGCCCUCCACAGUGGGAGCUGCAUGGGCCUCCUCGUCGCCUUGGGAACCCCAUGGCACUGCCCUUCAGGGAAGCCGACCAGCCCAUGGAGACCAAGCCCAGGCACCCUUCGGACCCGCUGCCCCUGUGGGAGCACCCUGCUUCAGGAAGCCUCCCUCCCUCCCUCCGCCUCCCUUCUCCAGGACACCAAGAGCGCCCUCUCCUGAGCCCUGGCGGACCGACUGCAGGUAGCAGGAUUGCAGGACCCUCCGCCUGGCCUGGCAUUUCAGGAGAGAGGGGAAGUGGGGCCUAUGUUCUGGGAGGCGUGGUCAUUCGAGACAGGAGGCCAGGGGAGAGAGGAGGGGACAAAGGUGCUGUCUCGGGGAGGUCGAUGAGCCUGUGCUAGCAUCCGCAGGCCCCACGCUCUGCCAACUCCUCCAGCCACAGGCAAGGCCACAGCUCCGGGCUGUUACACUCUAAGGGUUCUGUGAUGGGAUGGAACAGAGCUGCUGGAGAGGAGACUGGAGGUUUCUGCGUUCCUUCAACAGAACAUUUAAUGAAGUACUCUAUAUAUAUAUAUAUAUAAAUAUAAAUAUAAAUAUAUAUAUAUACACUUCUAUUUGUGGGUACUUUAGGAGAAUGCCCUUUGGUCACUGUAAAUAUGAAUUGUGACCCCAUCCCUUCCCGCAUGAGCCCAGUGAGUCCCAGCAGCUAUCAGCCUCCCUAAACAGCUCCUCCCAGCA